AUGCCUUUCCCAAACUCGUUCAAACUCAAGACACUCCAUCUUGAUGGAUCGGCAGAGGACCGAGCGGUCCAGUUGAGAACCGCAUUGACGGAGUGGCUCGCAAAGAUUGACGACAUCGAUAAGCAUGCGAGCAUCAUCGACUUCUACAGGGCGAGCCAAGUUGCGCUGAUCGAAACCAACACCGACAUAUCGGAUGACGACCGGGAUGACUACGAGGACGCCGCAGAGGAGAAUAUCUGUCCGGGUCCUGGUUAUAAGCGUCAGGCCUACAUACUCGUUAAAGAGAAGAAGACAGGGGAAAACCAGGAGGAGAUAACGUUCUGGUACCGCCGGAGGUGGGUCCGGAACGAUACGGAAAUGUCUAGGCUUGUCGUCGAGACGUUGACCGCAGAGAUGAGCGAGACACCAGCCAUGCAAGAGCUUGAAACACCCAACAAACUGGUGACGGCCGGACCCGAGACGGUCAUCAACGACUCCCGCAACGUUGGACACUUGGCAGCGCCAGCCUCCUCGGCCUCCGCCCCUGGGAGCUCCGCUACCGCCUUUCCCAUUCGCAGUCCGGCUGAGAAGUAA